CGAGGUAUGCUGGACUCGCUUUCUAGGGGUACUUCUACUCUGAAGUGUUUAUAACUAAUACUAGCAGAUAUUGUGUUGUCUAUAAAACUUGGUCCAAAUUAUAUUUUCUACCUCACUUUAAACGUGAUGGCGGGGAACUUUUGGCAGAGUUCGCAUUACUUGCAAUGGGUCUUGGACAAGCAAGACCUGAUAAAAGAGCGUCAGAAGGACCUGAAGUUCUUGACGGAGGAGGAGUACUGGAAGUUGCAGAUCUUCUUCGCCAAUGUCAUUCAGGCCCUUGGGGAGCACCUGAAGCUUCGACAGCAGGUCAUUGCCACGGCAACUGUUUACUUCAAGCGUUUCUAUGCCAGGUACUCUCUGAAGAGCAUUGACCCUGUUCUCAUGGCCCCCACUUGUGUUUUCCUUGCAUCAAAAGUUGAGGAAUUUGGUGUGGUGUCCAACACUAGGCUCAUUUCUGCGGCCACCUCUGUGUUGAAAACACGCUUUUCCUAUGCCUUUCCCAAAGAGUUCCCUUACCGAAUGAACCAUAUUCUCGAGUGUGAGUUCUACCUGCUGGAGCUCAUGGAUUGCUGUCUGAUUGUGUACCACCCUUACAGACCACUUCUGCAGUAUGUUCAAGACAUGGGGCAGGAGGACAUGUUACUACCUCUGGCCUGGAGGAUAGUGAACGACACGUACCGAACGGACCUCUGCCUGCUUUACCCUCCCUUCAUGAUCGCCCUGGCCUGUCUGCACGUGGCGUGUGUGGUCCAGCAGAAGGAUGCCAGGCAGUGGUUCGCUGAGCUGUCUGUGGACAUGGAGAAGAUCCUAGAAAUCAUUAGAGUCAUCUUGAAGCUUUACGACCAAUGGAAGAACUUUGACGACCGGAAGGAAAUGGCCGCCGUGCUCAACAAGAUGCCCAAGCCUAAGCCUCCACCCAACAGCGACAAUGACCAGAGUUCCAACGGCAACCAGAACAGUUCCUACAGCCAGUCAUAGAGUCAGUGCCAAUAAGCUACCCAAGAGACGUCCAAUCAGCAUCCCCCUCUAUCUCUGUUUGUCCCUCCCCAUGUGGGUGUAUGACACCCCCUGAGCCUAUCAGAGGAGCAGAAGCAGAGAAACAGACUCAUAUUGUGCCUGACCUUAGAUGAUGAUGUGACCUCCCGGGGGGGGGGGGGGGGUGAAGCCUUGGAUUGGUAUGGUAUGGGUGGAGGAGUGGAAGGGAAUGUGGAAGGGGUAGGGGUAGUUGUGCUUGUCUGGGGGUUGUGGGGUAGGGGUAAAAGAACGUUGAUGAUCCUGACUUCCUUGAAUAAACCCACAGAGCACCUGUUUUAGUGGGAGUUCAGUGGGAACAAAGAAAACUUGAUCAUUGCUGUGUGUGUGUGUGUGUGUGUGUGUGUGUGCGUGUGUGUACGUGCGUGUGUUUGUGUGUGUGCAUACGCGUGUGUGCACGUGUGUGUCAUAUGGGAUGUUUUCAUUCCUCAGGGAGUAGAGCAGUCCUUUUUCAUUUUUCCUAAGCGGACACACAUCACCAACUGAUUGGCUGGCAGGCUGUUUGUAACAGCCGUCUGAUUGGCUUCUUGAAUGAAAAGACAAACCCACGAGGAAGCAGAGCCGUGAUCUGAUUGGACACUGAUUUGUGAUGUAUAGUUGGGGGUUUAUGGGCAGUGUUUGUGUGACGUCUGCAGCGUUUUUGAUUCCUCAUCCAACCCAACCCUCUCACUGCUCCCUUCAUAAACCAUCCCUAUAUAGUGCCCAGUGUUUAUUUUCAUUUCUGCUUAAUCUAGUUUAGCUCAGAAUAAAUUAUAUAAAUAUAAUAUCAAUCGUUGACUGAUCAACCCAAACAUAUUAAGCUCUCUCUUUUGUGCUGAUGUUGAUGUACUGUAGUGGUUUGGGUGAUUUUUAAUCUGUUUUAGUGUGUUGUGAUGGUGACAUGCUGGUUUAAAUCAUUCCUGGUAUUCAUUGCUGUUCUCAGAUCGGCUGUAAUGAUUGUGUGGGUGCUUGUGAGGGUGAGUGAGCGAGAGACAGAGACACAGGCCUUAUGUACAGUUCUAACCACUGUUUACCAUUGACAAACUAUAGGGGCUCACCUAUAUGAGUUGACCAACUGUGACCGACAGCCCUGUUUAAAAAAACAUAUCACACAUCCCCAUAUUUGCCCAAAGUCUGCUCGCUCUCUUAUAGAAAAGUAAAAUUUACUGUUGUGUGUAGACAUCUUUUUUUUCUGUUGCAUGUCUUACUUGCUUUGAAAUAUCUGCCUCUGUGUGUACGGGGAUGCCUUGUGAGAGAAAAUUGGCUGACCGAUUGGUGGAAUCUGAAGACAAACCAAAAUACCACCUGGACCUGGUCACAGCAGAUGUUUUUUUUUUUUUUUCAUUCAUGUAUUGAUUAUUUUGUUGUUUUUCCAGUUUGUUUCCCUUUACUGCAUUGAACUUCCCCUUAGGGGUGACUGUGAUUUUAAGUGGUCAAUAUUCGAAUUCACUCCAUUUAUCUCACAAACCACGCUUUUGCUGUUACUUGAAAGUUGGGCUAAGUUAACCGAUCUCGAGUAAUAAAACUGAACCAUUGUGGUACAAAUAA